AUGGAUUAUCUAAUUCCUCCAAAGAAAAUUAAGAAUGGCGAGAAUUCUGGGGUGGAGUUUGAUAGAAUCGAUGUGCCAAAAGCAAAAGGGAAUGACAGAAAAGAGUUCAAGGAUUCUAGGAUGUCAACAAAUGAUAGGAGAUUUUCUUUACAAGUGCCUACACUCAGAGAAGAUAAUAAUGAACCUGAGCAUGGUGAACAUAAAAUAACUAUCUCUAAUGCUCCAUCUGAAGAGUCAAUUAGUUCAAAAAGAAAGCAAGUGAAUAUUCCCUUGAACAAACACCAACAACAGAAAGCCUAUGAUUCAGAGACUUCAAAUCGAAACUUGCUUGCUCCACCUAAAAAUCAAUUUACUGGAUACCAAAAAGCAGACAUCCAAAAGAAAGAAACCCUUCCAACAACACCUCAUGAAGAAACAGAGGAAGAUGGUAUUUAUAAUAGGAAUGACACUUCAACAGGACAUCUAAAUACACAGUUUGCUUUCUAUGAAGAUGAGGACGAGAAAAAUCUUGACAGGUGUCCUCCCAAUUUCAGGAGAUCUGUUACUCUAGGACAACAAAUGUCUGUACCAAAAGAACUAUCGUUAUGCUGUGAUAUGAAGCAACUAGCAAUUCUCGGAAGUGGGUUUCCAUUGUAUUAUCAUUUCAAGACCUUCAGUAUUAUCAUGUACUUUCUCAUGGUUGUCGUAGUGGGUCUUCCAAGUCUUUGGAUAAACCUUAGACAGAAGAGAAGAGAUGAAUGGUCUGAUAGUUCGUCUUAUAUAAUCUCUACUAGUAUCGGUAAUCAUGGUAAUGACCCUGAUGAAUACACUAGUUUUGAAGUCCAAAUCCAACUUGUACAAAACCUAGCUUUCAUCUUUGUUAUCAUUUUUGGAAGUAUUUUCUUAAGGUCUUCUCAAAACCAAAUUAUCAAUGAGAUCGAUGAAAUGAACAUCACCCCUGCAGAUUUUGGAGUCAUGAUCAGCAAUAUCCCUAAAGAUAAGAAGGAAGAAGAUUUAAAAGACUGGAUUCAACUUCAGCUUGACAAGCAAGUUGAGAUUGUUUAUGUCAGCUACUGUUAUGACAUUACCCAACUAGUUAAAAUAACAAGAAAAAUUACAAAGCUCCAGCAAGCAAAAGCUUAUGUGUCUUCUUACAGGGAUAUGGUACUCAAGGAGAACAGAAUGAAGAAGAAUAACUCUUUCCAUCAAAGAGAGAAGCUUUCUAAACCGACUUUGAAGAUUCUAUGUUGUAUCAGAAAGUCCUACCCUGCUAUUGAGAAGAUUGAUGAACAAAUUAAAGUGCAGGUUGAAAAGCAAAACAAGGUUCAGGAGUCCAUGAAAAAGAUGAACAAGUCUGAAUACUUCUGCAGCAAGGCAUUCGUUGUGUUUAGCAAGCAGAGCCAUGCUGAGGCUAUUAUAAAUCACUUUGAAACCUCUCUUAUAAGCAGAAUCUUUUCAUUCAUCAUUUACAAAAUAUUUAAGAGGCAAAAUUCUCAAAUAUCUAAACGUUAUUGGGAAGGAAAGCUAAUUUAUGCUGAAAGAGCAUCUGAACCUGGCGAUAUAUUUUGGGAUAACCUUGGAGUGACAAUAAGAAACAGACUGAAAAGGGUACUCUGGACAUUUUUGAUUGCUAUUAUAUGCUUAGGGAUAGCCUUUGGAAUUAACUUUGGGAUCAGACAAAUUAAAAAGAAAAUUGAAAACCAAGACAGAGAAACAAUUCUGGAGCAAUAUUUGAUAAGAAGUCUUUCAAUUUUUGUAUCAUUUCUUGUUGCAAUUAUAAAUACGAUCUUGGGAAGAAUAGUAAGGAUUCUUACAUCCUAUGAGAAGCAUGAAACUUAUACAAAGUAUCAUCUUUCAGUUGCUUUUAAGCUAACAAUAGCAAUGUUUAUUAAUACAGGCAUCAACCCGUUGCUUGUUAAUUAUGGGACAGAUAAUUGGUUUGAUUCAACCGGUCUCAUGGUUGAUAUCUUUUAUAUCGCUCUAACUAUCAGUUUUGUCGGACCAUUCACAUAUUUACUUGACCCUUCGUAUCUAAUCAGAUUAUGAAAAAGAUGGAGAGAGCUUAAGAAAGGAGAUAAGUCAAAGUUGACUCAAAGACAAGCAAACAUUCUAUUUGAAGGCCCACCAUUGGAUAUGGCUCAGAGAUACUCAAACACUAUGCUAUUAUUCUGCAUGGCUGUUUUCUAUGUGUUUCCACUCCCAAUCAUUUCAUUCAUCUGCCUAUUUGGAGCAAUAUUCCAAUAUUGGCUUGAGAAGUACUUGCUUCUGAAAAGACACAAAAUCCCUGAACAAAUUGGUGAGACCAUGGCUCAAAUCUUCAGCAACAUGAUUCCAUUUUUCUGUCUUCUCUAUGGAAUCUCUCUUUUCUGAUUUAGUAAUGCUCUAUCUGGAGGAAAGGGAUGGGUAGGAAUGGCUGCUUUCACUAUAACUCUUCUUAACAUCAUCCUCCCAUUCAGACAGUUACUUGAUUAUCUGAAGAGAGAUGUUGAACGUAACGAUAAUCCAAACUACAAAGAGGAAUGACUAGCAUUUCAUACUGACUAUGAUAGAGCCAAUCCUAUCUCAGCUACAACAGCACAGAAAAAGCAUCAAAAAAGAGUCGAAUUUGACAAUUAUGAUUUAUUCGAGGAUGAUAGCAAGAAGAAAGAAUCUGAAGAGAGUGAGAACAGUAUUGAAGGAGUCAUUACGUAUGGAAGACAGGCCACUACUCUUGAAGGCAAGGUCUUUAAGCAGUAUAAGCCAAUAGAAAUGAAUAUUCUUGGAUCAUUCAGAAAGCCAAAGCUGGUGAGAAGUAAUACUCAGAAUUCAAUUACUUUCUCAGGGAUGGUGAGAAAACAAAAAGAGAUAGAAGAUGAAAAGGAGCAAUCAAAGCAAAAUAGUAUAAGAUUUGAAAGUCUCAGUUUUACUAAGGCAAUGCCAAAGAGGGGGCAAACAAGUUUGCCCCCAAUUGGUAGAAUCAACAAUGGUUUAAAUAUGACAGAUGGUAAUAUCAUGUCUCCAAAUAAAGAACUACCAGUAAUUGACUCUGAUAGCCAGGAGUACGACAGUGAAGAGGAUCAAUAAAGUAUUAAGAUGCUUGAGAUGAGUUGUAUCAAAGGAAUAUCCAAAGUUAAGGGUGAGCUGAUCUGAGUACUCUUAAUUCUAAAAACCUAGAAUCAAAACUGCUUCAGAUGAAGUUCUGACGAAACCCCCUACCUAAAACCUAAUUUUCCUUAAAUUAAACAACUUCUACCAUCUU